AUUCUAUACUAAUAUGCUGCUAGCAACAGAAAGUUAACUGAUAGCUACAGCCGGAUGUAGUGCACCUCGUGUUGAAUAAAUCGGUCUCUAUUAAAUAUUUUUAAGACAGCAAGGCAUUCCAGGAAUACAGUCUCAGAUGUUACCAGGCAAUAUGAGGCAGCCAGCCCUACUUAUUCUGCUAUGUUUCACCUCACUGGUGUCUGGCACCAAUCCUGGCAUGAUAGGACUGCUGACAUCAAAGGGCCUAUAUGCUGUUUCCAGUGCUUUUGUCCAAAUGGUACAGGAGAAAGUUACAAAGCUGAAUAUUCCUGACUUAAGUGGAACAACUUCUGCAGCUGGUAUCCGUGUUGAUUAUAACAUAAAAAACAUCAAAAUUGAAAGUUUUAAGCUGCCAACCCCUGAAACAAACUUUCUUCCUGGUGUUGGUGUGGCACUUUCUCUUUAUCCAAUCAGCUUUCAGGUCACAGGAUCAUGGAGCGUCCACUACCUCACAAUAUUCUCUGGUGGUGGAGACUUCCAAGUGUACUCCAGCAGUUUUUUCUUAAAGUUGGCAGUAGGAGUUACAAGUACUGAUGACGGCUAUCCUAGGAUGUGGCUAGAUAAGUGCUCAUCUGGAGUGAAUGAUGUUGACGUUCAGAUAUGGGGAGGAACAAGUUGGUUUUAUAGCAUGUUUCUUGGCCCUAUAAAAGAUACUGUGAAACACGUGUUGAAUGCACAGAUCUGUGAUAAGCUGCAGCCAAUCAUUAAGCAAGUUAAUCAGAAGCUACAUAAUUUGCCAGUGUCCUACAAAGUUGAUAAGUAUUCGGAAUUUGAGUACUCCAUCAUUAGCCCCCCGAAUAUAGAUGACAAUUCCAUUGAAGUGGACUCUAAGGGAGAAUUCUAUUAUAUUGGACACCACCAGGAGGCACCAUUCCAGCCGCAGUCUUUCAGUCUGCCUCAUAUAAAUGACUACAUGCUAUAUCUGGGAAUCUCUGAGUUCUCACUGAACUCAGCUGCCUUUGUAUACUACACUGCAAACCUUCUGAAAAUUACAAUUGAUGAUGAUAAGAUUCCACCCUCGUCCCCUAUUAGGCUAAAUACCAAGAGCCUGGCAGCGUUUUUACCUGGAGUUGACAAGCUGUAUCCAAACAUGCUUGUAGAAAUCUCUGUCUCAGCUGAGAAGCAGCCACUUCUAACACUGCAGAUGGAUAAGAUAAUGACACAAGCCGCUCUUCUGACCCAGAUAUCAGCAGUUCUGCCAAAUGCAUCUCUGGCACCAAUCUGUAUUGUUGAAGCACAUGUAAAUAUCAGUGGAAAACCCAGUGUUGUAAACAACAACCUGACAGGAUCAAUGACUCUGAAUGGUUUAUCACUCUCACUUGUAAAGUCCUACAUUGGAGAAAUUGAUGUGCAUAAACUUGAAAAUAUAAUGUCACUUAUGGGAAAGCUUGUUGUCAUUCCUAAGGUCAAUGAUUAUUUUUUGUUGCAUCCUGAGUACUGCAUGAAAAAUUAUUGA